UGGUGACGGAGAGAGGUUUAAUUAGAAGUAAAGGCUAACAUUUCAUCAUGAAUAUUGUAGAGUAAUGGCAGCCAGGAUGAUAUGUCUGCCGUUCAUACUUCUACGUCACUGCUUUAUUGAUGCAACGUGGUGCUAUGAUUGGGUAAAUAGACGUACUCUGUCCGCCAAUGAUAUCCAGAGCUGUACAAAGAGAUCUACUCCCUCUCAUUGGGUAGCAUCACCCUUGUAACCGUAACAAUGUUCUGCACCGGAGAGGAGGGAUGCUUAUGGAGACACAAAGCAUGACUGUCACUGUUACACUUAAGGGCGCAUCUAUAUUGGAUUAUAAACCGUAUACGGUGAAUCAGACAAGAAGUUGGGAUUGGAGUGAAAAGAAACUGGAUUUAUGGAACGUGGAGUAAUGUGGCACAAGCUGUGGACAUGGCAGGUGUUUUUGUGGUGGCAUCAUUUCUUCAUAUUGUGGAGUACAAUAGACGGACAGACUCGCUACAGCAUCCCGGAGGAGCUGAAACAGGGCUCUGUGGUAGGAAAUCUAGCCAAAGAUCUGGGCUUGGUUGUAUCCGAACUAUAUCUGCGUAAAUUGCGCAUAACGUCUGAGGCUGGUAAGCAGUAUUUUAGUGUGGACUUGGGGAAGGGAGAACUGGUGGUGACAAACAGGAUAGAUAGGGAAGAACUGUGUGGACAAAGACCGUCGUGUUUGUUGCCUUUGGAAUUAGUAAUAGAUAGCCCGUUACAGCUGCAUAGAGUGGAAAUUGAAAUACAAGACACAAACGAUAACUCUCCUAGUUUUCUUAAUAAAGAGAAAGUGGUGAAAAUUGCAGAACUGGUAAAUCCAGGAGCGCGAUUUCCUUUAGAAAGUGCUCAAGAUCCCGAUGUUGGCACUAAUUCGAUACGCUCUUAUCUUAUAAGUAAAAAUGACAAUUUCAAAUUGACUGUUAAAAAUCACAAAGACGGACGAAAGAUCCCAGAACUGGUUCUUGAAAAACCUCUUGAUAGAGAAAAGCUUGAUAUACACCAUCUUAUCCUUACUGCUGUAGAUGGUGGAGACCCGGUGCGCUCAGGGACAUCUGAAAUUACAGUUAUAGUACUUGACAACAACGAUAAUGCACCGCAGUUUGAGAGACAGGUGUAUGAGGCAAAUGUCAGCGAAAAGACAGCACCUGGAACUGAAAUAUUGCAUGUUAAAGCCACAGAUGCAGACGAAGGACUAAAUGGCGAAAUAGGAUAUUUUUUUGCAGAACAAACACCGGGUGCGAUUUUGUCAUUAUUUGACAUUGAACCUUCGACUGGAGCUAUUCUUGUCAAAGGAAGUAUAGACCACGAAACUAUUUCUUUACAUAGAUUUGAUAUAACUGCUAAAGACAAAGGUAGCCCUGAGAUGGAUGGGCACUGUGGCGUUGAAAUCAAAAUAAUAGACAUUAAUGACAAUAUUCCGGAAAUUAUUGUCACGUCUUUAACAACACCUGUGCCAGAAGAUUCUGCAAUCGGAACAGUUAUUGCAUUAAUAAGCGCAAAAGACCCAGAUUCCGGUGACAAUGGCAAGGUUACUUUAAGCGUCUCCCCCAAAUCCCCCUUUAAGUUAAAUCCGUCGGUCUCUAGUCAUUAUUCAUUAGUGACUAAUGGGCCACUGGAUCGUGAAAAUAAUUCUCAGUAUAGUGUCAAGAUAAGUGCUACUGAUUCUGGAAAACCUCCACUAAUCAGUGAAAAAAUUAUACUUGUAGAAUUGUUAGAUGUAAAUGACAACCCACCACUUUUCUCUCAGCCAUCAUAUGUCGUUUAUGUAAAAGAAAACCAUGCUCCUGGAACAAUACUCUGCUCAUUGUCAGCUGCUGAUCCAGAUGUGGGUGAAAACGCAAAGAUCUCCUACUCUAUACUGGACUCUAAAGUACAGGACGUUUCUGUAUCGUCUUAUGUUUACAUUAACUCAGAUAACGGCAGCAUCUACAGCAUGCACUCGUUUGAUUAUGAGAAACUCAAGGUGUUUCAGAUUCAGGUUCAGGCCAAGGAUCAGGGCUCUCCAUCUCUCAGCAGCAACGCCACUGUCCAUGUUUUUAUCCUGGACCAGAACGACAAUGCCCCCGCUGUUAUUUACCCCUCCUCCGCUGCCCUGGGCUCCCUCUCUCAUCAGAGGAUGCCCCGCUCCGCUAAAGCCGGUCACCUAGUUACUAAGGUGACGGCCGUGGACGCUGACUCGGGACAUAACGCCUGGAUCUCCUACAAACUGGCGGAGGCCACAGACUCCUCUCUGUUCACCGUCAAUCUGUACACGGGGGAGGUGAGGACUAAACGCGCUGUGUCCGAGCAGGACGAUUCCUCUCAGAGACUCAUUAUAGAGAUCAAGGACGACGGAGAACCGGUCCAGUCCUCCACCGUCACGGUGUCCAUUCUGCUGGAGGACGGUCUCCAUGAGCCCAUCUUAGACCUCCGACAGAAAGCGGCCGAGCCCAGCAAGAAAAAUGGGAGAAUCACCCUUUAUUUGAUUCUCUCUCUGGCCUCGGUGUCCGUGCUGUCUCUGUUGACUUUUCUCAUCUUAGCGGUUAAAUGCAUCAGGAACAGCAGAAGCAGCGGUAGUUGCUGCAUGAGACGGAGCGACUGUGAUGAUUACAAGAACCCCAACAGAAACCUGCAGAUUCAGCUCAACACUGAUGGACCUAUAAAGUACGUGGAGGUCCUGGGAGGAGACAUGAUGUCUCAGAGCCAGUCCUUCAGGUCCUGUAUGUCUCCAAUGUCAGAGUACAGUGACUUCACUUUGAUUAAACCCAGCAGCACCACAGACUUUAAGGAGGUGAUCAGUGUCCUGGAUGCGUCUUUACCUGACAGCACCUGGACCUUUGAGAGCCAGCAGGUGAGCAGACUACCCCCGAUUUUGAAAUUUAUUUAAUUAACAUACUGAGGU